AUGCCUACCGAGUCCGAGUCUGUUCCAAUUCCUUCUCAGGACGCUGCAAGUCUCAUAAAGCGUCUCGCUGGUCCCUCCGUAACUAAAGCCGGACUUGCGAAAGACCAAACUGAGAUCAACCGUGUCAUCGCAGAAGCAUCCAAAGGAUCCAAGUUCUACGAGAACGAGAAGAGGAAAGAUAAAGAUUUGACAGAAAGGAUUGCUGGGAUUCUCAAGCAGCGCGACGAGCUUCGGAAGAACGCUGACAUACCCAAGAUUGAGAAGACAGUUGAUCAUAUUCUGCUGGACUUGGAAGCGAACCGUGAUCUCAGCCAAAUCAUCGUCCACGUUGACAUGGACGCAUUCUAUGCCAACGUCGAAAUGCUUGACAAUCCCUCCCUGGCGGGAAAGCCCUUCGGUGUAGGAUCUCUGCAUGGCGUCUUGACCACAGCAUCAUACGAAGCCCGUAAAUUUGGAGUGCGCUCGGGCAUGCCAGGGUUCAUAGCCAAGAAACUCUGUCCGGACCUCAUAUUCGUAGACAUGCAUUUCAAGAGGUACUCCGAGAUGUCCGACCAGAUCAUGACCAUAUUCAAGCAGUACGACCCUAAUAUGUAUCCUGCGGGAUGCGACGAGGGGUACAUGAACAUCACGAAAUACUGCGAGGAGCACUCCCUGAGCGCGGACGACUGUGUUCAGCAGAUGCGUGAGCGCGUCCAUCGAGAGACGAAACUCACAAUGCUCGCCAAGAUAUGCUCCGAUAAGAACAAGCCGAACGGGCAAUUCCACCUCCCCUUUGACCGGGACGCCAUCCUCUCCUUCAUGCACGACCUCUCCAUCCGGAAAAUCCCCGGAAUAGGGCGGGUCAACGAGAGGUUGCUCGAAUCUAUAGGUAUCAAGACAUGUGGAGAUAUCUACACCCACCGCGCGACGGUGUAUUUGAUGGACAAGUACUUCGGGCUGCAGUUCCUCCUCCGGACGCACCUCGGGAUAGCCUCGAACAACGUGACACCGGUCCAGAGAGAGGAGAGGAAGAGUAUCGGUGCUGAACGGACGUUCAGCCCGCUGGGCGAUAAGGAGCAGAUACUGAAGAAACUUGAGGAAGUCGCGACGGAGCUGGAGAGUGAUAUGGAGAAGAGCGGGUGGGCUGGGCGGACGUUGACGUUGAAGUAUAAGCUGGAUACGUACCAAGUCUUCACGCGGGCGAAGUCCUUCGAUCGGUGGAUCAGCAAGAAGGAAGACUUGUUCUCGUCGGGGAAGGAGCUGCUCAUGCACGAGUGGCCGGUGAAGCUGCGCCUGAUUGGGCUCCGGAUGACGAAGCUCAAAGAUCUGAAGGCUUCGGAGGAUCGAGGGAUCAAACGUUUCUUUACCUCGGCAGGGCCUCCGUCGCCCAACAAGCGACACAAACCAGAGCCAGCGGAGGUUGACGAAGCUGUCGACGGGGAGCAAGACGAAUACGAGACUAUGCCCGGGUUUGACGAACACGAGUUUGAGGAAGCGGGCUUGGAGAUCGAGAUUCCACAGGAUCCUGGUGCACGAGCAGAAUCCCCGUCGAAGCCAUCCCGGCCACCCCUCUCCGCGUCUUCGAGCUCAGGUUCCAAGCCUGUCUCCUCGUCCUCCAAGGUGCCUGCGAGGAAGCCGCCCAGUAAGGCUCGUCAGAAGCCGACGAGUGCUGUGCAGGAACAGGGGGUGAGGGACUGCACCUGCCCGAUAUGCGGCAAGGAGAUGGAGACGGACAACGCGGGGCUGAAUGCGCAUAUCGACUUUUGUUUGAGUCGGGGCGCGAUACUGGAGGCGCAGGUGGAGUCGUUGAAGCCUCAGAGUCAGAAGGACAAGAAGGGAAAGAAACGAUAG